GGAGCUCCCUGAACUUCUCAGAACCGAACAACAGAAACUGAGGAUGGGUCGAACACUGGUGCUAGCCAUGGUAGCAGUCCUGCUGCCCAGUCUCUCACAAGGGAAUCCUCUGCAGGAGAAAUACAAUGUCUAUGGAGAAAGUCAGGGUCCUGAAAGUAAGGAUAUCUUCACCAGAAUCUUAGAAGCCAAUAGAGGAAUCUUGAAGAAGAUGAUGCAGGGUGACAUUGCUGUAUCAAAUACCAGGAGUGCUAUGAAGUGCGAAGGAGGCGAGUGCUUGUGGCCCAGAUCGGAUAACGGAUUGGUUAAUGUGCCUUACAGUCUCUCUGAUACAUACAGUGAUGGUGAUAAGAAUGUGAUACGUGAAGCAGUGAAAGACUUUGUUGAUCAGACCUGUAUCCGGUUUAUAGAGCGCACAACAGAAAAGCAGUACCUGAAUAUAAUGCCUGAUAAUGGGUGUUGGUCCUAUUUGGGCAGGAAAACAAUGCUAGCGCAGCCAGUGUCCUUGACUGCAGGGUGUAUGGCCAAAGGAUCUGUUCAGCAUGAGCUCUUUCAUGCACUGGGCUUUUAUCACGAGCAGUCGAGAAGUGACCGGGACGAGUACGUCACUAUCAUGUGGGAAAACAUUGAUGAAGAAUAUAAAUAUGCAUUUUCCAAAGAAGAUACAAAUAAUCUGGACACUACAUAUGACUAUAGUUCAAUCAUGCAUUACCCAAGCUUUGCUUUCACAAAAUCGGGCAACCCAACUAUAUUACCUAUUUUAAAUCCUGAACGCUAUAUUGGACAGAGAGUAGGAAUGACCGCCACUGAUAUCAAAAAAGUCAAUCGUCUGUAUCAAUGUGAUAUCUGCAAUAUGGACUUCAGUGAAAUGUCUGGAAGUUUUGCCUCUACAAACCAUCCCACAUCUUACUCAAAAAACACACACUGCUGGUAUCGCAUUCGAGUUCCAGACAGCACGGUGACCGUGACCUUCGAUGAAUUCAAUCUCCAGAGCUCUCCAGGCUGCUCCUCAAAUUAUAUCAGAGUGUAUAAUGAAGACACUGUCAACGCUCCCAUCCUAUUGGAUAAGACCUGUGGCAAUGUCCGCCCUCCUCCCGUGACUUACAAUGAGAACUUAUUCAGCUAUUCGCAAAGUGGGCAAUCCAUACUUGUGGAAUACUUCAGUGACGCUGCAGUCACUUCAACUGGCUUCAAAGCUUCUUACAAAUCAGAUAAGUGCCAUGAAUUUAACUUGGGAUCAGGCUCAAUAUAUACUAUUGAGAAGACUAGGCAUCUAGAGAGCCUUUAA